ACUCUCACAAAGAUGAAUAAUCACAAUUACACUACAAACAUAAGAGUUAGAAGAGAAUUCCAAUAGCAAAAAAAAAUAACAUUCCUUCAAAAAAAUGGGGAUAGCCGCAUUCGAAUGGGGAGAAAGGCAACUAAAGCUGCUGUAUAACAGAGACAACUUUGAUACCUGGAUGAUAAACGGGGCGGCUUGGAAUGUCGAGGUGUUGAGUGGUUGGGCUCAACCGAACGGUGGGACAUGGUGUGGUAUCUCUAGAAAUGGCCGAGUUGCUUUUCUUGUGGACGCAAUGAUCUUUGACGGUUUAAACAAUUGCGUCUCUCUUCCUGCUGAGUUCUUGCAGGGCCACAUGAGUCCACAAGACUUUGCAAAUGAAAUAGCUACAGACCCUUUGAGAUACACCGGGAUGACCUUUAAGCUAAUUGUGGCAGACAUAACUUCAAACUCUAUGUUUUAUAUCAACAAAUUAUCUGCAACUGUGCCACAUGUUCGUACAGAACAAGUUGCUUUUGGGGUGCAUAUCCUUUCUUAUUCCGGACUCGAUGGCCACCUUCCCAACGAUUUACGUCUGAAAGACUUUUUCAAUGAGAUGAUUGAUGAAUAUAAAAACGAAGAGCAACCAUCGCUUAGGGAGAUUGCUGAGAGGUUUGUGUAUGAUCCAACCGAAGCUGUGGAAGGAAACAAGCUAACCUCAUUUUUUGUCGACUUUGAAGUAAGAGAACUAAACAGUAAUUGGCUUCCGAUAAAAGAAGGACGCUACAGAACAACGAGUACAACAGCAUUGACCGUGAAACCGACUAAUGAAGUAAAGUUCUAUGAGAGGUAUUUGGAGAAUGGCGAAUGGAGAGACCAUGAAGUAUCUUUCAACAUCGUCUAGUUUUCAACCAACAUUGCUCAGCAUCUAUCUGAAUAUUAUUAUCUCUAGAUUCUCUACUAUCGUUGUCCGUUGAUGAUGUAGUUGUAUUUGUCUCUCUUUCUCCUUACUUUCACCUUCAUUGUUUCGUGUGUUACUUAAUUGCCUUAUGGUAUCUGUGAUCCGUAAAAAAAGCACUGAGACCACAUAUCAUGAGCUAGUUGGAAUCCAUCGCAUAAAAUAAGCCCAUCUUAUAAGCUUAUCUCAUAUCUCCACCUCACACUGCCACGUCAUGACAGACAGCAUCUGAAACCAACCAAUCACAACGCGUCUCUACAGAUAGUAUGGAGGUUGCUUUUUAGAGCCAUGCACUGCGUUAUCUCAUUUUCUCCCUCUCACCACAUAAAACUAAUACACCUCACAAUUUCUCAAUCGACACAAAGAUAUCAAAAUAAAAAAAAAAGUAAAUCUAAGCCUCUAAUCUUCAUCAUGGCUUCAGUAACCUCAGCCACCGUCGCAAUCCCAUCGUUCACCGGUCUCAAAUCAACAAUCUCCAAACCCUCCGCCGUCGUUAGAAUCCCCACCAAGGCGGCAACAUCAUCAUCGAAGCUCACCGUUAAGUCAUCACUUAAGAGAUUCGGAGUCGCGGCCGUAGCGGCUGCAGCUUCCAUCGCUUUGGCUGGAAACGCCAUGGCGAUAGAUGUUCUCUUGGGAUCAGGAGAGGGAGCGUUAGCUUUCGUUCCCAACGAGUUCACAAUAGCGAAAGGGGAGAAGAUUGUGUUCAAGAACAAUGCUGGAUUCCCACACAAUGUUGUGUUCGAUGAGGAUGAGAUCCCAAGUGGUGUUGACGCGAGCAAGAUCUCCAUGGACGAGCAAGAUCUACUCAACGCUGCCGGAGAGACGUACGAGGUUGCCUUGACUGAGCCUGGGACCUACAGCUUCUAUUGUGCGCCGCAUCAGGGUGCUGGUAUGGUCGGUAAAGUCACCGUUAACUAAAUAAAAUGUGAGUGAAGUGAAAGAGUGUCUCUGAACCAAAGUAGAGGCUUUUCUGUCAGUCUUACAUAAAGGUGUUUUUGUAAUUCUAAAGAGUGUUGAAUCGAAUGGACCCCGUGAUUGUUAUAGUA